UGUACAGGGGAGUGCGGCGUGACUCUGACGUCAUCACCACGCGACCGAGAGCGAUGACAGCGCAGUUACCCGGGAGAGCCUGUCUGGAACGUUCUGGGCCGGAGGGAGGAGAGGACCGGGGGUGACUCGGCAGUGCAGGCCCAUGAGUCAGCAUGAGGGACGGGUAUAUAACCGGCGGGGAAGGUCGGGGCUGGAAACAGCGGCACGGCAGAGAGGAUUUUCGCCCUUUGAAGAACUAUCCGCCUCUUUACAAUGGAGUUUCCGGAUUUAGGAAAACAUUGCUCCGAAGUCACCUGCAAACAACUAGAUUUCCUUCCAAUGAAGUGUGAUGCUUGUGAGGAUGUUUUCUGCAAAGACCACAUAACCUACAACCAACAUAAGUGUUCUUCUGCUUACAAGAAGGAUGUGCAAGUCCCUGUUUGUCCACUGUGUGGCACUGCAGUACCUGUAAAAAGAGGAGAACUGGCAGACAUUGCUGUUGGGCAGCACAUUGACAGAAACUGCAGUAAUGAUCAUUCUAAGCGGAAGCAGAAGAUUUUCACAAAUCGAUGCUGUAAACCAGGAUGUAAGAGGAAGGAACUGAUGAAGAUCGAAUGUGACCGGUGUCAUAGUAACUUCUGCCUAUCCCACAGACAUCCAUUGGAUCAUGACUGCACAUCGAAAGGGCAGCCGCUGUCUAAAGCUGGAUAUGCUGCUUUGAUAAGAUCUCAGAAGACUUCAGAACAAAAUAAAACAGCCAUUAAUUCUCAUGUGAAGCCGCAGCAGGUGAAGCAGUCGUCCGGAUGCUGCGGAGCUUUAUGUGAAAGUAAAGCUUCAAUGGCUGCUGGAGCCCAAGCUGUAUCUGAUUUUGGCCUGCACAAUGGAUUGAGUGAGGAAGAAGCUCUGCAGAGGGCGCUGGAGCUGUCACUGCUGGAAGCUGGAAUAAACAGCCUGCUGACUCUCAGACCUCCAACCAACAACACGAUUAAGACGAGCGGUCAGUGAAAGCUUCAUUCCUGUGCUGAUGACCAAUUGGCUGUAGAUGAAGCUUGGAAACCCAUCCAAUGACCUUUUAUAAUGACAGAACUUUUUAAAGGUAUCUAAAAUACAGGAGCGGGACCUCACGUCUGUGUUCACCCUUGGAGUUUUCAGAACAGUAAAUGAGGGCACCAUUAUCCCCGUCUGUCUUUUCUAUGACAUGAAGACCAUGGACCUAUUCUCAAUAGUGAUUGUUCACUUUAUAUACUUUUCUACUUGCAUUAAAAACAGCUUUUAUGUUCUUUAAUGAAUUUUUUGUUUUUAAAUAAAUGUGAUAAAAUCUCGUUGCCCCUCGGCUACUGCUACUGGAUCCAAUCAGUAUGCAGUUGUAUAUGGCUCCUAUGAGGAUCUGUAUACUGUUAGAAGUAUCACACUUUCCUAGAGGUAGCGGAAGGUCACGUACAUGAAUUGUAUUUUACAAUAUAUGAAGAAAAGCUUUGAAAAUUUUGAUUUCUUUUUCUCCCUUUAGAGAGAUAGAAAUAGUUAAAUUAUAGCCUAGAGCAAUUGGUUGGGUGGACUAUAUACUGCGUGUGGCAUCCAGCUGAAAAGGACAUUUUGGAGGAGCCUUGUCUAUCAGCCAAUGUGUAUAGCUAAGCACAUUCUAGUAAUCCUAAAUGGCUAGAACAGUGUUUCCCAACCAGGGGGCCUCCAGCUGUUGCAAAACUACAACUCCAGCAGGCCCGGACAGCCUUUGGCUGUCUGGGCCUGCUGGGAGUUGUAGUUUUGCAACAGCUGGAGGCACCCUGGUUGGGAAACACUGGGCUACAAGCAACUGAAGGACAGAUUAGUUUGCAAUGCUUAUUCCACAUGUCUGUUUCAGCUGAAUGCCAGGCACAGCAUUUCUCCCUCUAAACACAUGUUCUGGGAGGGGUUUAGUUGAAGCUAUAUUUUAUUUAACCCUUUUUAGACAUAAAUAUCUAUCUAUCUUUAUUUUUUUGAGCAGUGUAUUUAAGGGAACACUAAGAUAACAAAUCCUAGAUCUGAAUGAAUGAAUGAACUAAUCGUAUGAAAUACUUUCUUCUUUACAUAGUUGAAUGUGCUGAAAACAAAAUCACACAAAAAUUAUCAAUGGAAAUCAAAUGUAUCAACCCAUGGAGGUCUGGAUAUGGGGUCACACUCAAAAUCAAAGUGGAAAACCCCACUACAGGCUGAUCCAACUUUAUGUAAUGUCCUUAAAACAAGUCACAAUGAGGCUCAGUAGUGUGUGUGGCCUCCACGUGCCCGUAUGACCUCCCUACCAUGCCUGGGCAUGCUCCUGAUGAGGUGGCGGAUGGUCUCCUGAGGGAUGUCCUCCCAGACCUGGACUAAAGCAUCCGCCAACUCCUGGACAGUCUGUGGAUGGAGCGAGACAUGAUGUCCCAGAUGUGCUCAAUCGGAUUCAUGUCUGGGGAACUGGCGGGCCAGUCCAUAGCAUCAAUGCCUUCCUCUUGUAGGAACUGCUGACACACUCCAGCCACAUGAGGUCUAGCAUUGUCUUGCAUUAGGAGGAACCCAGGGCCAAUCGCACCAGCAUAUGGUCUCACAAGGGGUCUGAGAAUCUCAUCUGGGUACCUAAUGGCAGUCAGACUACUUCUGGCAAGCACAUGGAGGGCUGUGCGGCCCCCCAAAGAAAUGCCACCCCACACCAUUACUGACCCACUGCCAAACCGGUCAUGCUGGAGGAUGUUGCAGGCAGCAGAAAGUUCUCCACGGCGUCUACAGACUCUGUCACGUCAGAUGUGCUCAGUGUGAACCUGCUUUCAUCUGUGAAGAGCACAGGGCGCCAGUGGUGAAUUUGCCAAUCUUGGUGUUCUCUGGCAAAUGCCAAGCGUCCUGCACGGUGUUAGGCUGUAAGCACAACCCCCACCUGUGGACGUCGGGCCCUCAUAACACCCUCAUGGAGUCUGUUUCUGACCAUUUGAGUGGACACAUGCACAUUUGUGGCCUGCUUGAGGUCAUUUUGCUGGGCUCUGGCAGUGCUCCUCCUGCUCCUCCUUGCACAAAGGCGGAGGUAGCGGUCCUGCUGCUGGGUUGUUGCCUCCUACGGCAUCUCUUGAUGUACUGGCCUGUCUCCUGGUAGCGCCUCCAUGCUCUGGACACUAUGCUGACAGACACCGCAAACCUUCUUGCCACAGCUCCCAUUGAUGUGCCAUCCUGGAUGAGCUGAACUACCUGAGCCACUUGUGUAAAUUGUAGACUCCGUCUCAUGCUACCACUAGAAGGAAAGCACCGCCAGCAUUCCAAAGUGACCAAAACAUCAACCAGGAAGCAUAGGAACUGAGAAGUGGUCUGUGGUCACCAUCUGCAGAACCACUCCUUUAUUUGGGGUGUCUUGCUAAUUGCCUAUAAUUUCCACCUGUUGUCUGUUCCAUUUGCACAACAGCAUGUGAAAUUGAUUGUCAAUCAGUGUUCUUCCUGAGUGGACAGUGUGAUUUCACAGAAAUGUUAUUGACUUGGAGUUACAUUGUGUUUAAGUGUUCCCUUUAUUUUUCAUGAGCAGUGUGCAUCUGUGUCUAAUGAGUAUAAUUAAAAAAUUACUCCACUGAAUGAUAUAUUUGCUAUUUAUCAUGUUGUAUGUAUUUCUUAAUAUACCCUAUGGGCUGUACCAAUCAAUAAUUUUAAUUU